GCUAUGUAGAACUUCAUUUCCCGGAGGGCUGCGCGCUCUGUUACCUGAGCUAGACGAUGAGCCGAAGGCCCGAAACCUUUAUUUAGGGUUUUUUUUUUUUUUAAAGUUCUCAGAAGGAAGGUGUGACGGCGAACUGAGGCUUUUGGCUACUCGGCGGGUCAUCUCAUCGGGCGAAGCUGGAGGACGAGACCUUGGCGCCUGGCGAGCGGCCCCACUUCCGGUCGGCGGGGAAAAACAUAGGGCUCUUCUCCUUUAAUUGCAGUGGGCGGGACGCGGCGACUCCGCCGGCGUUGCUAUUGGCGGCGAUUGGGGGCGCGGAAACUGAACUGGCACAACUGCCGCCGCAACUACCUCGGGAUUUUGGGGUGCUGCUGGUCCUGCCAGCCCUGCCAGCCCCGCCAUGGCCGCUCCCACCCCGGAUGACCCCUCACUGGAGAGGCAUUUUAAGGGCCACCGAGAUGCAGUUACCAGUGUGGACUUCAGUCUCAACACGAAGCAGCUGGCCAGCGGCUCCAUGGACUCAUGCCUCAUGAUCUGGCACAUGAAGCCCCAGUCACGUGCCUACCGCUUCACGGGCCACAAGGACGCUGUGACUUGUGUGAACUUCUCCCCGUCAGGACACCUGCUUGCCUCAGGCUCCAGAGACAAGACUGUUCGCAUCUGGGUCCCCAAUGUCAAGGGUGAGUCAACCGUGUUCCGUGCACACACGGCCACAGUGAGGAGUGUCCACUGGUGCAGUGAUGGCCAGUCGCUCGUGACAGCCUCUGAUGACAAGACAGUCAAGGUGUGGUCAACUCAUCGCCAGAGAUUCCUAUUUUCCCUGAGCCAGCACAUCAACUGGGUCCGCUGUGCCAAGUUCUCCCCUGAUGGGCGGCUCAUCGUGUCUGCCAGUGAUGACAAGACUGUCAAGCUGUGGGACAAGACCAGUCGGGAGUGUGUCCACUCAUACUGUGAGCAUGGCGGCUUUGUCACCUACGUGGACUUCCACCCCAGUGGGACAUGCAUCGCUGCUGCGGGCAUGGACAACACGGUGAAGGUGUGGGAUGUGCGGACUCACCGGCUGCUGCAGCAUUAUCAGCUACACAGUGCAGCCGUGAAUGCCCUCUCCUUCCACCCAUCGGGAAGCUACCUCAUCACAGCCUCCAGCGACUCAACCCUGAAGAUCCUGGACCUGAUGGAGGGCCGGCUGCUCUACACACUCCAUGGGCACCAGGGACCUGCUACCACCGUUGCCUUUUCAAGAACGGGGGCGUAUUUUGCUUCUGGAGGCUCUGAUGAGCAGGUGAUGGUUUGGAAAAGUAACUUCGAUGUCGUUGAUUGUGGAGACGUGAAAGUACAGAGGCCUCCACCCCUGGCCAGCUCUGCUGCGAAUCCGCCAGAAAUGGAUUUGCAUGGUCCACCAGGCAGAGACAAGAGUCUGGAGUCAGUGCAAGGCCAGCCCCAAGAGCCCGUCAGUAUGCCCCAGACACUGACCAGCACACUGGAGCACAUCGUGGGCCAGCUGGACGUCCUCACACAGACAGUGUCCAUCCUGGAGCAGCGGUUGACCCUGGCAGAAGACAAGCUGAAGCAGUGCCUGGAGAACCAGCAGCUAAUCAUGCAGAGAACGCCAUCAUGAAUGAUCAGGGGGCAAGAAUCAGGAGCUCAGUCUAUUAGGGAUUUGUACGGGGACAUGAGUAAAUAAAUAAAGGGAGCCACAUCUGUGCCCAGUCUGGGAUUGGGUGCUCCUGCUCCCCCACCCCCAA